AGCCAUUUUUACUGUUGAGUAACUGCAUGCUGGUCUGCCUGUGCUAGAGAGAGGGAGAGAGAGCGAGCUAGGGGAAUAAAGUGCUCCUCGUGGAUCUUAUCGGAGCUUUCUCCCCUCUCUCGCUUUCCCCUCUCCUCCUUGUACACCGCUUGGUUGCCAUUUGUGUCCAUUUAAGUUGGGGAGGCCCUGGAGAGGACACACAAUGGAGCGAAGAGCCUGUGGCAACUGGGCCGUUGUGCUGCCGAGAGGGGGAUGGGGUAGAGAGAGGACCGGUUCACACAGCUAACACAGCCUGCUGGCUGUAGGCUUCCACAGCCUGUCCUCCCCGCCUGGACCCACUGUUUCCAGGUUGGGGCCUUUUUCCUGGAACGGCCACGCUCAAACUCCGCUUGGACUACACUAAGGAUUACUCACUGUGUUCUGUGGGAUUUUAGUAUACAUACUGGAGCCCGAAGAAUAAAUCUCUCCUGUGUUUUGGAUGAGAGAAAAGGAAAAACAAACUUCAGUAUAAUUCUUUCGAGGCCUUUUUUUGUUUUUUUGGUUUCUGUUUCUGUUUAGUGGAGUUCAUAAAUGGAUUACAAGAUGCACGCCAAGUCAAACGAUUUGUUGGAUUUUCAAAAACUGGACGCCCUUCUGGAAAAAAUUGCACAUUCAGUCUCUGUGAAAAGAGAGUCCAGCGAGGAGUGCAAUGGGAUCAGUGGUGCUCUGUCAGUGGAGUCUGUGCCGGGGCCAAGACUGAACUGGUGUCCUGCCAACACCACUACCCCUGCCCCUGCUCCAGCUCCAGCUCCCGCUCAGGGGCCCGAGCCCAUGCCCAACCCUGUUAGAAUGGGGGACGGCCUGGACAUAACGCAGAUGUCGGGCAGCAGCAGCAGCAGCAGCCAGGGGCAGGCCCAGUUGAUGGGCAACCCCUCACCCCCAGAUUGCAUCAGUACCAACAGGCCAAAGCGCCAGACCAAUCAGCUGCAGUAUCUGCUCAAGGUGGUGGUGAAGGCCCUGUGGAAGCACCACUUUGCCUGGCCCUUUCAUGCACCAGUGGAUGCAGUCAAACUUAACCUGCCUGACUACUACUCAAUAAUCAAAACUCCGAUGGACAUGGGAACAAUCAAGAAAAGGCUUGAGAACAGUUACUACUGGAAUGCCCAAGAAUGUAUCCAAGACUUCAACACGAUGUUUACCAACUGCUACAUAUACAACAAGCCUGGAGAUGACAUAGUCUUAAUGGCUGAGGCUUUAGAGAAGGUUUUCCUCCAAAAGGUCACAGAAAUGCCUCAGGAAGAAAUUGAGAUUGUUGUCAUGACAGGGAAAGGACGUGGGCGGGGCCGGAGAGAGGGAGGUCUGAACUUGAAACCAGGGGCCAUCAUCGACUCUUCGUCCACGACUCCUCAAACCCGUGGUCUGUCCAACCUCUCAGCAGCACCACAGACCAGAGGACCAGUGCAGGGCCCGCCUUCACUACCUCCCCAGCCUUUGAUGCAGGCCCUCGUGCCACCAACGUUACCUAGCCAUGCGCCACAGCUCGGAGCUCCCUACUCCCUGGGCCAAUCAGACUGCGCUCCUCAAGUUCCCAUCAUGACAUCUGUGCCUCCCCCUGCUCAGACUUCCCUUCCCCCAGCGUCCAUCCAGAGCACUGCCCCCAUGCUGCAGAUCCCUAUGACCCUGACCAAACCAAGAAAGAGCCAGAAAAGGAAAGCAGACACUACAACGCCCACAGCAAAUGACCAACUCAGUGAAUCUUCGCCAGCAGAGUCCAAAUCUGGUAAGACACUACCCAGGCGAGAGAGUACCAGACCUACGAAACUGAUGAAGAAGGAUGCCCCAGACUCUCAGCAUCACCUAGGCAUGGGGAUAGGACUAAGCGGACCAAGUGGCGGUCAUAGCCCCAAACCACAGGAUCAGAUGGGAUAUUGUGCUGGUCUGGUUAGGGAGAUGGUGUCUAAGAAGCACGCUGCUUAUGCCUGGCCAUUCUACAAACCUGUUGAUGUGGAUGCACUGGGACUACACGAUUAUCAUGAUAUCAUCAAACAUCCCAUGGACCUCAGCACCAUCAAGGCCAAGCUGGAGAACAGGCAAUACCGGGAACCCCAGGAAUUUGCUGCUGAUGUACGAUUAAUGUUUUCCAACUGCUACAAAUAUAAUCCACCAGACCAUGAGGUGGUAGCUAUGGCACGCAAAUUACAGGAUGUCUUUGAGAUGCGCUUUGCCAAGAUGCCAGAUGAACCUGAGAGCAAGCCUCUGGUUUCUGCCCCAGCUCCUACACUUCACCAUCCUGCCCCUGUUAAGCCCCAGCCUCCUUUGGCCCAUGUCGCCUCAUCUUCAGACAGUUCCAGUGACUCGUCCUCUGAGUCCGAGUCUUCCACAGAUGACUCUGAAGAGGAGAGAGCCCAGAGGCUGGCAGAGCUCCAGGAGCAGUUGAAGGCCGUUCACGAGCAGCUGGCUGCCCUGUCCCAACCACAAGCCAGCAAACCAAAGAGAAAAGAGAAGGAAAAGAAAGAGAAGAAGAAAGAUAAGCAUAAGAAGAAAGGAAGCAUGCCUGGCCUUGUAGAUGAAAUCCAGGACGCUACACUUGUUUCCCAGCUGUCUAAGAAAACCAAGGCCAGUAACAAUAACAACAAAGAAGUUGUUCCGAAGAAGAAACCCAGUAAAAAGGAAGGGAUGAAAAGCAAUCAUCCUUCCAACCUGCCGCCAGUUCCCAGCUUGGAAGAUGACCUGGGGGCCGCUGGGUCAUCAGCUACAGGGGAAAAGUGCAAGCCUAUGACGUAUGAGGAGAAGAGGCAGUUAAGCUUGGACAUCAACAAGCUCCCUGGUGACAAGCUUGGCCGUGUAGUGCAUAUUAUCCAGUCAAGAGAGCCCUCACUCAAAAACUCAAACCCUGAUGAGAUCGAGAUCGACUUUGAGACGCUAAAGCCUUCCACUCUACGCGAGCUGGAGAGAUAUGUGUCUUCCUGCCUCCGCAAGAAGAAAAAGGCUCCAGUUGAGAAGACUGUGGAGUCCAUGGCUACUUCCAAAAAGACAGGAUCUUCUUCAGAGAGCAGCGGCUCCAGCUCAGACAGCGAAGUUGAGGGGACAGGAAUAAUAAAACAGCAGAAGAAGAAGGGCCAGUCUGUGAAGGAGGGGAAGAAGAUGCAUCUUCAUGCUCAGAGCGGCCCUGCUCAGCCUGGGCUUCAUUCCCAACCUGCAGGCCUUCAGUCCAGCAAUCAGAUGAAGCACCAUCAGCAGCAGCAUCAGCCAUCUCCUGCAAGCUUCAUGGCUCCCCCUGUAGCUGCUCUGGAAUCUUCCCAGCUCCUGGAGACUAGCUUUGAGUCCCUGCCACCUUUUGGCCAGCCCCUCAUGCAUCUGUCCCACCACACAGGCAACUCCUCCUCACCUCCACCUCCACACCUCAAUGCUCAUUCUGCUGGGCCCGUGUCCCCUGAGACCCACCCCUUCCUCAACCAGCAUCCCGUCCUCCCAUCUCCAGCCUUGCACAGUUCCAUGCCGCAGCAACCUUCUCGACCCAGUCACAAGGCAGCACCUCUUCAUCCCAAACCCCCUCAGCAGCAACCAGCACCUCCUCAGCAGCAGCCAACUCUGCAGCAGCAACAGCAACAGCAGCAGCAGCAGCAGCAGCAGCAGCAGCAGCAGCAGCAGCAGCAGCAGCAGCAGCAACAACAGCAGCAGCAGCAGCAGCAGCAGCAGCUGCAGCCUCAGUCAGCACCACCACCACAGCAUCAGCUUUCCUCUCAGAUCCUCCACCCUCCUCAACCUCUGCACCAGCGACCCAUUUCCCCCCCAACACUCACACCCCAAGGCUUACUGUCUUCCCAGCCUCCCCAGAUGCUGCUAGAGGAUGAUGAAGAGCCAGGGUCUACAACGCCUAUGAACCAAGUACAGCUAUACCUACAGCAGUUCCAGCAAGCCCGUCAGCCUCAGCUGUCCAUGCAGUCGCUCCAGGCGCAGGCUCGUCAGCAGCAGCAGCAGCAGCAGCAGCAACAACAACAACAACAACAACAACCAGGACAGACUUCUCUCCUGCAGUCUGUCCAGGGACAAUCUCAGCUCUCAUCUCAGACCACGCUGCCUCCUCCCCAGCUCCCUGUUCAGUCACAGGCUCAGCCAGCCCCAUCACAUCAGGCCCCACCCCAGCAGAUGCCUCCACAUCAUGCCCGUCACAUGCAGCACAGUCAGCAGCAACAACAACAACAACAACAGACACAACAGCAGCAACUGAACUACCAGCAGGGUCCUGGACUCACUGGUCAGUCCCAGGGAUCACAACACAAGGUAUCCAUGCCCACCAACAAAGCACAUCAGAUCAUCCAGCAGCAGCAAGAACAGCCCUCCCCUCGCCCGACCAAGGCUGACCCUUACAACACAGGUCACAUGAGGGAUAACCCCUCCCCUCUCAUGAUGCAUUCCCCGCAGCUUCCCCAGUAUCCGCCUGUGUCUCACCAGUCUCCACCUCACAAUAUGCAGCCUAAAAAGCAGAGAGCCCCUGGGAGCCAAGGUGGGUUAAAGGAAGAGAAACUUCCUCCAUCACCAGUGAUGAGAGGAGAGCCAUUUAACCCUGCAAUGAGACCAGAUCAUCACAAACACCCAGAUAACAAGCCUUCUCAACCAGGCCACGGCCAGCAGACAGAUGUGAAGUCCAUGGACAGCUCACGACCUGUCAUCCGCUCCUCUGAGCCCAGUGGGCUGACCUCCUCUCUGCAAGACAAGGAUAAGUUCAAGCAGGAGUCCAAGGCACCCAUUGUCCGCAAAAAAGUACAGGAUGUGAAACUAAAGAAUAUGGGCUCAUGGGCCAGCCUGGCACAGAAGUCCACAUCUACGCCCUUAUCUGCAGUGAAAUCGUCGAGUGACAGUUUUGAGCAGUUCCGUCGUGCUGCCCGGGAGAAAGAGGAGCGAGAGAAAGCGCUGAAGGCCCAAGCUGAGCAGGCAGAAAAAGACAGACUACGCAGAGAGCAGGACAAACUACGAGGUCGGGAUGAAGAGGACGUCAUGGAGCCAAGCAGAAGGGUGCACGAGGAGCCACGCAGGCGUAUGGAACAGCAGCACAUCCAAGCCCCUUCACAGCAACAACAACAACAGCAGCAGCAGCAGCAACAGCAGCAGCAGCAGGAGCCCCAGCCCCAGCCGACUGCCAUUCAGCCGCCUCCUCAACCCCCGACACCACCUCAGCCCUCCACACAGAACCCAUUAGACCAACAGAGGGAACUAGCACGCCGCCGAGAGCAGGAGAGGAGGAGGCGAGAAGCGAUGGCAGCGACUAUUGACAUGAAUUUCCAAAGUGACUUAAUGGCUAUCUUUGAGGAGAACUUGUUUUGAGGAGAGGAGCAACUGAAACGUAACUGCAAAAAAAAAAACGAAAAACAAACAAAAAAAACCCCCAACAAAAAUAAGACAUGAAAGACAGAAAAAAACGUGGAUGAUGUACAUUUCCUCUAAAGUGAGAUUUGGCGACCACAGACACAGAGGGACACGGACUGUAUGUGGACAUGACAGGUGCUUAGAGGCUCGGCACAGAUGCUGGAUGGGGCCGGAGCUCGCUUUGCCCCUGUGGACUGAACACACACAACACGUGGGGAUUGUCUCAUUGUUUUGGAUGUAAUUUCCUGGGAAUUUGUCUUGGUCUGCCUAAUCUCUCACAACUAGAGACAAACGGACCCCUGCUGGCACAGUUGCCUUUGUCACACUUGCUCCUAACAGUGUGCGUGGGUGCAACAAUAAUUGCAAGAGUAAAGACAUCCCAAUAACUAUGAAAAUGCUCUGAUAAUGUACUGACAGACUGUGCAGAGGUGUUUUGAAACUGCCAGAUGUCUAAGGUGAUGAAGAGGACUUGUCUUUUAUGUUCUGUUUUGUUUUGUUUGUUGUAAGUGAACACAUGAAAUGGUUUGGGGGUGGGGUGGGGCGGGGUGGGGUGGGCAACUUCCAUACUGUAAAUCAUGUAUAUUUCUCAGCAGAGAAGGUACACUUUGCCUUACACCUCUUUCCUAAACAGACCAUUAUGUUAUGUGGCCUGCACACAUGGACAAACCAAUAACAUUUACAACCAGGAGUAGGAGCAGUGCAGACCUUUUUCCAUCAUCUAGUAUCUACUGUAAAAAAGUAUUUUCUUAUACUACAAUAACUGUUUAUUUUGGAUCUUUUUUUUUUUUUUCCUUCUCUAGGUCUUUGAAUCUUCUCACCAACACACUCCGCCACUUAUGUCUAUGCCAAACAACCCAUUAUCUUUUAUGCUCAAUUACUUGUCCUAAAACACGAUAGGUAGCUAGUGGGGAAAGAAAAAAAAAACAAAACCCUGAAUAUAUGCAUUA